AAGUGUACACACACUCGCAGACUCGCGUAGUCACUGCCUGCCUCAGAGCUCUCUGCAUUUGCCCGUGCAAUGUUGCAUGCUCACAGAUUGUGGGCAAAAUCUUUUCUUGUGGAUAUCGAACUGGGAGCUUCAAGAUACUCUCCCCUCUAGGCUGUUUUCUCCACCUCAGGGAUCCAGCCAUCACCUGCGCUGAAAAGGUUUACAACAAAUGAUUGGGAACUGGUGAAAAUCCACUUUGGACUGGAUUGCCGCCCACGUUUUCUAACCCUCCCACCUCUUUCUGUUCCUUACAGUACAUCUUCGUGACGAAGACAGGAUGACAUGGCGCCCUCAGUACCGAAGCUCCAAAUUUCGCCAUGUGUUUGGUAAGCCUGCCACCAAAGAGAACUGCUACGAUGGGGUGCCAAUCACCAGGAGUGUCCAUGACAACCACUUCUGUGCAGUCAACCCCAAGUUCAUUGCUGUCAUCACAGAGUGCGCUGGAGGAGGAGCUUUCCUUGUCAUAUCUCUUCACCAUACAGGAAAAGUCGACCCUCUCCACCCACGCGUGUCUGGUCACAAGGGAAAUGUGUUGGAUGUCAAGUGGAAUCCCUUCGAUGAUUACUGCAUAGCUUCCUGCUCAGAGGAUACCACAGUUAAAAUCUGGGACAUUCCAAAGCAUGGGGUGUUGAAAAAUAUCACCGUUCCCAGGAAAGAGCUUCAGGGUCACUCCCGGAGAGUGGGGCUUAUUGAGUGGCACCCCACUGCUAACAAUGUGCUCUUCAGUACUGCAUAUGACUAUAAGAUAAUGAUGUGGAACCUGGACUGUCCAGAGCAGGUGAUCAAGAACCCAGUGAAGACCAUCAGUGUCCAUAGCGACGUGGUCCUCUCCAUGUCUUUCAAUACAGAUGGCAGCCUGCUGGCUACAUCCUGCAAGGACAAAAAGACCAGAGUCAUUGACCCCCACACAGGAUCCCUCUUGCAGGAGGCUAACUGCAAGUCACACAAAGCCAGCAAGGUCUUGUUUCUGGGAAAUCUGAAGAUGCUGCUUUCAACUGGAACUUCACGAUGGAAUCACAGACAAAUAGCUUUAUGGGAUCAGGACGACCUGUCGGUGUCUCUGCUGGAAGUGGACCUGGAUGGCUCCUCAGGAGUACUGUUCCCCUUUUACGACCCCGAUACCCACAUGCUGUACAUCGCCGGGAAGGGUGAUGGCAAUAUCAGGUACUAUGAAAUCAGCUCAGAGAAGCCAUACCUGCAGUUCCUAACAGAAUACCGAUCACACCUACCUCAGAAAGGAAUGGGAAUCAUGCCAAAGCGAGGACUGGAUGUGAGCGCCUGUGAGGUCUUCAGGUUUUAUAAACUGGUGACAAUCAAAAGCCUUAUUGAACCAAUCUCCAUGAUCGUGCCACGACGGUCUGAGUCAUACCAAGAGGACAUCUACCCAAUGACAGCUGGGAAUAAGCCGGCAAUGACUGCUGACGAGUGGUUCAGAGGGAUCAAUAAAGACCCAGUUCUGAUGUCUCUGAAGCCCGGGUGCAAGCUCUCUGAGCCCUACCCUGUGCUGAAGCCCAAGGAACCUCUAGGUGCUCUGGAGCCCAAGUGCUACCAGAGCCCCCAGGGCCAGACGGAGGUGAUGGUGAUCCAGGAGAGGAUGAAAACGGACGAGCCCAAGCCGCUGAAUGACCUGAAGGCCCACGACAAGAGCCGCAGUGGAGUGUCGAACGGCUGUGAGCCCUUGGCCUGCACCCCUCCCAAAACUGAGAAUGAGCUUUUGCAAAUGUUCUAUCGGCAACAGGAUGAGAUCCGGCGGUUGAGAGAUCUGCUGAGCCAGCGGGAUGUCCGGAUAAAACAGUUGGAACUGGAAAUAAAAAAUGUGAGGAACUCCCAGGGAAGCUCCUGAGAGGCAUCUCCCUCCCCCUGCCACUGGACAGACAACAGUCCCAGUAUGCAAUCACACCUGGCCUGUCUGUGACUGCUCUUUGUACAAUUAUAAUAUAUUUUUAUUAGAGGAAGUAUAAUUUAAGCUUACCAAACAUGCAUGGUGCACAUUUUUGUUGUUGUUUGCAGUCAUGUAAAUAGAUUUUAAUUCUCACGUUUUCUAAAACCGCAGGUAUGUUUUUUUUAAGGUACUCCACACAUCCCCAAGACUACAUAAGUAAGGUCUAUUUUUUAACGUUUCUCUCCAAAAAAAAAGGCAGUUUGGACAGUGAGCCAAAAAAAUAUCUCAGAAGGUGAAAGGGUUAAAGAUGUCGGUCUGCCAAAUGUGCUGCUCUACCUACGACUGCUUCCUUCUUGCAAAACACAGAAGAUGAUGCUUGAGGCAAAAUUCUAGAAAGCUGGUUUUGUUUUUGCUAGGCUCCAAAUGGCAUACGGAACUUGACUUGUGUGUUAGGGUUGUACG